AUGCUGUGCAUCAGCCCUCGCACACACUUCAAGUCGUGGCCUUGCGCCGCUGUCUACGAGAUGAACACCACUUCCGCCACGUUUGACAACAAGGGCACUGCCGUGUCGGACAACAAGAAGAGCACCACCUCUUCUUCCACUAUGGCUGAUCAGACCAGCACAAGCUCCUGCGCUUCCACUCGAAUUCAAGCUGGAUCGACCGCAUCUUCUCAGUCACACGCGCAAGCCGCAUACUGCUCGGCGGCGCCCUCUCGCGGCGAAAUCACUUCAUCUCAUGGUCGCUCCACUUCCGGCUCUUCUACCGUCCGCGGCGACGUUACCCCAGCUCGCGAUCGAUUAGCCUCUAACGCUUCAGCACCCACCCUCAGCGGCGACGCCACGCCCUCCCGGUCGCGCAUUCUGGCCGAUGCAAACUCGUCGCCACCGACUGUCCGCGGCAUCACAACUGCACGCAUUCAGCCAAAGCGAGAACCAUCGACCCUUUCAGCGACUCCACUCCCGAGAAGGACUUGA